CGCCAUCAUAUUUAAUGUCAAGAGCAAUACUUGCGCCAACAGUUGACGAGGUGGAUAAGGUUAAUGAUUACAUGCUCGCACAACUACCAUCAGAAAUGAAGACAUAUUUCAGCUCUGAUUCUGCAUCAUUGUCUGAUUCUGAUAGUAGUUUGUUGCAAGAGAUCCAUUCUCCAGAAUACCUUAAUGGAAUCAAAUGUUCCGGAGUACCUAGCCAUGAGCUCAAAUUAAAAGUGGGUGCCCCUGUGAUGCUUAUGAGGAAUCUUGAUCAAUCAUUGGGUUUGUGUAAUGGCACUCGACUUUUAGUGACCCGACUUGGAAAAAAUGUUAUUGAGGCCCAAAUGUUGUCAGGGCCAACUGCCGGCCAAAAGCAUUUCAUUCCCCGUCUUACCUUGACUCCUUCUGAUGUCAAACUGCCAUUCACCUUUCAGCGUAGGCAAUUUCCUCUUAUGGUUAGUUAUGCGAUGACUAUAAAUAAGAGUCAGGGUCAGUCAUUGGAAAAUGUUGGGAUAUUCUUACGGCGACCGGUUUUUAGCCAUGGGCAGCUUUACGUUGCUGUAUCAAGAGUCACGAGUCCAGCUGGUUUGAAGUUUUUGAUAUGUGAUGAUAAUGGUAGACCGACAAACUCCACAUUAAAUGUUGUAUACAAAGAGGUCUUUACCAAUUUGUAGUUUUACAUUUUGCCUUGAAUAAAUUUGAGAACAUUUUAAUUUUAAUUCCAUAUUACAAUAUUAUGCACUCAUUUGUAAAAAUAAUUUAAUUAUU